UUUAGAAUUAUGAUUUCGAGGCAUUGUUUUCAUAUUUAGGGAAAAUCAAAAACGAUUGAAACUUAUACAACAAGAAAUAUAAACAUUGUGCAAGGACGAAUGCUCCAAAUCUUUAUUAUCAGUAAUUUUAUUUGGUCCAUGUUAAGGAUUCAGUAGAUGAAAACAUAUCAUUCCGAUUUAUAUGUAAAAUUUUGAAAGAAGAAAUCAAUUACGAUUAAUCUGCUGAUAAAAAGAAGGGCAAAAAACCGAGAAUCUGAUUAAAUAUAUUCCCUUUAGUUAUAAGGAGCGACAAUUAUAUCAUAUCUUCGUCAUAUGAACACGUAUGAAUACAUGUUAAAUUUCCGCACCGGGUAGAAUUAUCUUAAGUGGAGAGUAUGCAGCGAUAUAUGGAAAAAAGGUUGUGAUAACCACCUUAAGUCGUCGUACUACGCUUCAAUUCACCGAAUUAAUUAAUAAUUUAAGAGGCAUUUGUAAGAUAGAAUUUCCUGACGUCGGUUUAUCAUUGAAUUUACCUUUGGAACUAGUUGACAAUUUCCUCGCUAGUUAUGCUAUUAUUGGAAUGAAUAAAGUCCGCUUGUUUAAAUAUGUGCAAUACUUUAUUACCUUAAACGGUAUGUGGAGUACGUAUGAGCAAAGAUUUAGUUUACAAAUGUUUUUUUUCACGCUUUUUUAUAUCGUUCAUCGAGAGCAACUUAAUAUAAAAUCUUUUUACGUACAUGUGACGACGGAAAUACCAAUGAAAGCUAGUUUUGGCAGCUCGACAUCGUUUGCACUAUGUCUCGCGGCAUGCUUUCUACAUUGGUCGCGUCUACAGAGAGGUGACCAUAAUGAAUUUAGUAUGGAAGAAAAAGGACUGAUUGGGGCAUCUGCCAUGUACUGCAGAAAAGGUACACGGAGCUCUAUGUGUCUGUUGGAUUCCUCUGUAGGUUUAUGCGGUAACGUAGCUAUAAUAUAUGAAUUGUUUGGCUACCUUCAUCACAAUAAAUCCACUUUCCCAAUGCCAACAAUGAGGAUUCUCUUGGUUGAUUCGACUGUUCGUCAGAAUAAGUACGAUCAAAUAGAGCAUGUGGCACGACUAAAAUGUCUUUAUCCCGAGUUUACCAAUCGCUGUUUGGAUGUAAUAGAUGAAGUAUCAAGAAAUAUUAUAGCAAUGUUAGAAUUAAAUGAUCGGUUCGAUAUAUUACAGGAUUACGUUCAAUCAAAUCAACAUAUGCUUUAUAAGUUAAAUUUGUCGAAUGACAAGUUGAAUCAUAUUUUCUAUAUUGCAUAUGUUCAUGGUUAUCGUUCCGUAGGAAAACUUACAGGUAUUGGUGAAAAGAAAUUUGCAUAUAUCUUGUUACGACCGGGUAUUUCAGAAGGAGAAAUUGAUAAUAUUUCCGCACACAUAGAGUCACAUAAUUUUCCUGUUACAGUAACUAGUAUAAGUUGUGACGGAGUAAGAAUUGAGGACUAA